AUGGGAACUGCUGCAAGCUUUUAUCUUAUUUUCAUUGAAAUACGGUUUGAUAUGCAGUCACUUGAGGAUUUGACCAAAUCUCAGGCAAUAUGUCGUGGCUGUGGUGACUUCAUCUAUGAUCGAUAUUUCUUGAUGGUCUCGCAUGAUUGUUGGCAUAUGCGUUGUCUCAGAUGCUCUGACUGCAACGUUGAACUGGAGUCCGACAUCACGUGCUUCGUAAAAGAUGAUAUGAUUUUCUGCCGUGCCGAUUAUUUCAAGCGUUACGGCUCGAGAAGUUGUGCUGCCUGCUCGCAGGCGAUCGACAGCGCAGCAAUGGUCAUGCGUGCCCGCGAAUUCGUUUUUCAUCUUCAGUGUUUUGCGUGCGUUGAGUGCAACCGUGUUCUCGUUACAGGCGAAAGUUUCGGUAUGAAUGGAGAUAAGGUCUAUUGCCAUAAAGAUUUUCAAACCUUCCUUCUUCAUGAACAAGAUCGAAGUGAUGACGAUGGAGGCCAAAAUAAGUCACGGAAACGGAAACGCGAGAUGAAUAAUUGUGCAGUCUUCGAACAAGACAACUGUUCUCCUCCGUUUAUCAUGGAGGAGCAGACAGGCUGUAACGGAAAAGCGAAGCGAGUACGAACUUCAUUUAAGCAACAUCAACUGCUCGUAAUGAAAACUUACUUUGCGCUCAAUCACAAUCCAGACUCCAAAGAUCUCAAACAGCUUUCGAUAAAGACUGGCCUCUCGAAACGCGUGCUGCAAGUGUGGUUUCAAAAUGCGCGAGCAAAAUACAGACGGGUCGUGUCGCAGACAGAACUGAUAGAGUCCCAUUUGCAUUGUGAAAUGCAAGAAAUAUAAAUAGAGUAUCCUCGAAUGGGAAAAUAUCAUUGGAAAACGAUUGUUUCUUAAUUUAUUUACGCUGAAAACCACUCUCCAUAACGUAUAGUGACGUAAUGUAAAGCAUGCGCAGUUUUAAGAUUUUUUAAAUUGCACGUCUGAUUUAUUUGCGUGUCUCGAAUCAAAUUUUGGGCACACUACAACAUGAUGUGUUUUCAAA